CUAUCUUCUCUUCACUGCCCUUGUGGUCCAAGCACUUCUACAACCGAGUGAGGCCCAUAUAAACACAGAUAAAGAUUGGAGUUGAAGUUGAAGGGAAGAGAGACAAGAAAACAAAGGCAGACAUGGAGUGGAAUGGGAGCACAAGACGUUAUGUUCCUCGACCAGAGGCUUCCUUAAGCUUCCUUUACAACUACAACUACACCCCAUAUCCAGGAAUGGAAGUGAAAGAACAAACACUAGCGGAGACAAGUUCAUCGAUGGAGAAAAUAAACUGCGGGAGCCAGGAGAAGAAGAAGCGAUUAACAAGUGAGCAGUUAGACUCACUGGAGAGUAGCUUUCAGAAGGAGAUAAAGUUAGACCCAGAUAGGAAGAUGAAGCUUUCCAAGGAGCUAGGGCUUCAACCUCGCCAAAUUGCUGUUUGGUUCCAAAAUAGGCGUGCAAGGUGGAAGAACAAGCAACUUGAACACUUGUACGAUUCACUUAAGGAGGAGUUUGAUGUCAUAUCAAAGGAAAAACAGAAGCUCGAGGAAGAGGUGAUGAAGUUGAAGGCAAUGGUGAGAGAGCAAGCUUCUAGAACCCAAGUGUCAACAGGUUACACAGAAAUCUCUGGGGAGGAAACAGUAGAAAGCACGUCAGAGGCUCUGCGUUGCUCCAAACGGGGAACACUGCACCAUCAUCAUCAGCAACAGCAGCAGCAGAAUAUUGGAGAGGGAAACUGUUCUGCUUUCACUUUGGAGGAUUACAACACAGUUCCAGUACUACCCUAUUGGCCUGGGGUUAACGUUCCUUAUUAUCCCUAGCUAGUAAUAAUAAUAAUAAUAAUAAUAAUAGUAUCUGUUUCAACAAUUAAUAAUUAAUUAAUGUGAUUGAUCAAUCAGUGAGCUUAAUUAAUUAACUUAAUUGAUAGCAGAUGGAUGGAAAAACCUUUCCAUAGGAACUGACAUUAGGAUCAAAGCGAGCAGACCUGCAUGUUGGUUGGUACGGUAAUUAUUAUCACGACUAAAUAGCUGUCCCAGCAGACAUGGCUUUAUUAAUUAGUCGCUUCCUAAUUGCAUCAACUCUUUAAUUCUUACGUACUGUACCUUAUUAUAUUUAUAUAUCAUCCUAGCUUCUUUAUUAGUCAACCUUCUACUCUUUGUACAUAUAACUUUAACCUUUUAAUUAAUGAUCCUUACAUCAUAACACAUGUCUACGUAUACGCAAGGAUUUUCUUUUUUUGUUCUUUUUUGGAUGAGAAGG